AUGGGUUAUUACAAUAAGUUUCUUGAUGUCUUGGAGAAAGUAUGCAGAGAAAAACAACUUGAUUGUUCCACCAUAAUAUAUCAAGCCACUCCUUCGGGUGAUUGGUUGCUUCAUGUUGCAGCUGAAUAUGGAAGAACAAGGAUUGCAGAGCUGCUUGUUGAUAAUAAUAUUUUACUGAUUGUGACAAACAAAAGGAAGGACACUGCACUUCAUGUUGCCGCAAGAGCUAAGAAUAUUGGAGUGAUGAAGGCCAUGCUGUCAAAAUUUGACGAUGCUAGCAGUAAGGAUAACUUUAUAAUGUUACCCAACAAGGUUGGGAAUAUAGCUUUUCACGAAGCUAUUAUGAGCAAAUAUCGUGAGGGGUUUGAUUUCCUUUUAAGUGAGCAAAGCAAAAGUACUUUGUCCUUCUAUUGGGACACUCAGCCAGCAGAUUCACCAAUGUAUGUGGCAGUCCAAAGUGGGGACGUUGAAAUUCUUCGUCGUCUCUUGCAGAUUCCAUUUCCAUCGGACCGGGUCAUUUAUAAGAACCAUGGAAACUCUCCACUUCAUGCCGCCAUAUCAGAACGCAAUAUUGCUGUUUUGAAGGAGAUAGUAGACAAAAAAGAAGAGCUGAUGUUCCUCAGACAUGAAAAUGAAAACACGCCCCUUCAUUAUGCAGCAUAUACUGGUUACGUGGAAGGUGUUCGUGAACUUUUAAACAAAUCCCCACUUGUUGCCUUUCAACAAAAUGCAAUUGCAAGUAAUCUUCCGAUUCACGUUGCUUGCUGUGCGGGCCAUGUUCAGGUGGUUGAAGAAUUUCUAUGCGUACAAGGGCCUUGUACUAGUUUUUGGCUCAAUAACGAAGGUCAAAACAUUCUUCACAUUGCAGCAAUGAGAGGACGAAACAAAAUGUUUGGAGCAUAUAUGAUUUUAAGAACUGCUGGUGGUGCCUCGCCCAAUGAAAAUAAGCCGAGAGAAUCACAACCUGUAGAGAAUAAAGAAUGGAAUGUACAUGAUGGGGCCAACCCACUCAUAAUUGUGGCCGUACUGGUAGCCACAGUGACAUUUGCAGCUGGUUUCACAGUACCAGGUGGGGUAUACAGUUCGGAUGACCCAAUUCUUAAAGAAAGAGGCAUGGCAGUGUUGACCGAUCAAACCCUGUUCAAAAUAUUUAUGGCUUUCAACACGAUUUCUAUGUAUUGCUCCACUAUUGGUUCUGUUAUUCUUCUUUGGAUGCAUAUGGGUGAUCGUCGUUUUUCAAUACGAGCUUAUCAUAUCUCUAGAGUUUUUGUCCAGUGGGCUCUUAUAACUAUGCCAGUGGCAUUCAUGGCUGCCAUACGUUGGGUUGUCAGCAAUAACAGCUUGAUUGCAGAUCUUACAAGUGUCAUUGCAUUCAUCUUCAUUUUCCUUAGCAUAUGUCUCGGCGUUUUAGGAUAUUUUCCUAUGGGAUCACCUUCCAAUUUACGUCAAGUUGGACAACUUCUUCUUUGGACUGGUAUCAUUUUAUUUUAUGGGAGUAAUGAUAUUGGAUUGUGGAAUUCAUCAAAGCGAUGA